AAAAAUUGCGACUCGUCGAUCGACGAACGCGCCGUGUAGACUCGCCUCGACAGCGCGCUUAUUAAUUAGCAAUGUCACUCGGCAAAUUAUUCUCCCAUGUGAAAUUCUACUUCAAAUAUGCCCUCUACUACAGCUACUGCGGCAUCGUAGCCAGCAUCCUCCUGCCGUACGUGCUGCUCCACCCCAUGGACGUCCUGAAUCAGCUACCGUUCGCCAAGCUGUCGAUGCCGUUGAUCCCGGUGCUCGGGCUCUCGUACGAGAUCCGGGGCCGGGAGCAGCUCGCGCUGGACCGCGCCUGCAUCAUCGUGGCCAACCACCAGAGCGCCUUCGACUUCAUGGGCAUGAUCCGGGUCUGGCCGAUCAUGAGGAAGUGCGCGCUCGUGGCGAAGAAGCUUCUCUUCUACGGCUGGCCCACGGGACUGUCCGCCUGGCUCUCCGGCACCAUCUUCAUCGACAAGAAGAACUGGCAGAAGUACGGCCGGAUUCUCGAGGACGCCAUUCGGGCUUACAAGGAGCAGAAGGUGAAGGUCUGGAUCUUCCCGGAGGGCACGAGGUACCACGAGGGCGGCAUCCACGAGUUCAAGAGGGGCGCCUUCUACAUGGCGAUCAAGCUCCAGCUGCCCAUACUCCCGGUCGUCUACUCGGAGUACUACUUCCUGUCGAUCAAGGAGAAGCGCUUCGAUUCAGGUAUGCGAGCUACGAGUAAUCCGAAUCUCUUGAAACAGCCGCUGAAUCGAGUCGAUCCGUUCGAAGGUAAGAUAAUAAUGAAGGCGCUGCCGGCGAUACCGACGGAAGGCCUGGAAUUGGAAGACGUGCCCGAGCUGAUGGCCAAAACGAGAUCACUCAUGACGGAGACGUACGACUCGCUGAACGAGGAACUGCGGGCGUCGCUGAGCCAGGAGGAGAGCCACCGACGCGGAUCCUAGCUGUUUUUUAAAUAAAUAAAAAAAAAAAAAAAAAAAAA